AGGUUUGGGGGGGGGGGGGGGGGAUUGGUCGGAGACGAAAGCCCUCCCCACCACGUCUGCUCUCUUCCUUUCUCUCUUCAAAUUUCUCUCAAAUACACCCAAAAUCCAACCGUUCGAUCUUCGAUCCGACCCAUUUUCACCGUUAAAGUGCCCCGAUCUAGAAGUAGGGCUGGAUUUCUAGGAUUUUACUCAACCUCUUCCCCAGGCUGACUUGAGUUACUCCUUUCCAGGUUUGUAAUUGGGAACUGCAAUGGGUCUAUCAUCUGUUGCAAGUGUCAGUGAAGCAAUAAAGUUAUGCAUAUUUGAUUUGAGAAGAGGGCAACACGAGGGACAGGAGCUGGACAAAAUUUUGUUCUUCUUUCCUGCUGAUUUGUCCUUCUCAACACAACUUUCUGUCAUAGGUCUCAGUGAAGGACUUAUCACAUUUACAAGAAUUUUCUCUCCAGAGGCAGCAUGUGAACUCAUAGAAGCAGAGGGGCAUUCUCAUAUUUUUCAUGAAGCAGAGCCAGAUAUUUGGAUGGUGAUGAUAGUGGAGAAAAACAAAGAGUCAGAAGCCAUAUGGCGGGUUGAUGCAUUGCGUAGGGUUCUCAAGGAAAUACAUUCUCUAUUUGUGAUGUUCCAUGGAUCUGUUAGAGGAUUGCUUGAUAAAGAACCUUCGGGGAGACUUAUUCGACCUUUCUUGCAUUCUUUCAUCAUGGAUUAUUUAAGUGCAUUUCAAAAGCGAUCUCCAUUGGAUUUGUGCUGCUGGGAUUUCUUUGUUGGGAAGAAACUUCAGUUACCAAACUUUCGUGACUCUUUAAAGGAACGUGGAACUGUACAGAUGUUGACAGUGGGACGGGAAGCUGCAAUUGAAGUUCAGUCACUGGUCAGAGUACUUGAAUCAUGUGCUGGCAACAUACCGUGCUACUCUAUGAUCUUGUUUCAGGACCUGCUGGUGUCCACAACACUUUCCUCGGAGGACACUAUAAACUUAUUUACAUAUGCCAUCCUAAGGUUGUCUCCACGUGCUUUAUCCUCUGGGGUGAGUUCCUGGUCCUAUUUACGUAAAGGAAGUGCCUCAUCUCAUCCUGAAGCCGGAUCUAUCUCAGGAAACACUGCUGCAGUUUCGGAUCAAUAUCCUUCAUCUGGUGGUGACAGCAGUUGUAAUGUUGCUAGGCCCUUACAACAUGAGAAGUGGACCAAAGGGAAAGAUGGUUUUCUUGUCACUGAUAUUUGGAAUGCAGAGGCUGGUAACUUGGUUCCUACCACCCCAACAAUUUGGCUCCAGCAAACGAUGAAUAGAAUGUAUCUUUGUGCCUUUCAGCAUAAAAACCUUACCUUGAUCCUUCUCAUUCCUGUCACUUCCAUUGUUAAUGGGGAGCGAGACAUCUCCUUGGUGAAGCAGCAAAUUCUUGAAAAUGCAUCACUAAAAAUUCUCAAAGUCGAGGAAAAAUUAUCAAAAGGAUGGGGUGGGGAGAAUGCUUAUCAUGUCAGUGGUUACCGUUAUUUACUAGUUGAUGGUGAUAGAAAUGUAUCUAGAGCCUCUCCACCUGGUAAAGUGACAACCUUAACAAAGGAAUCUUUAAUUGGCUUGAAUAAGCUUCGAGAAGAGGUUGAUAUGGAAAAGAGCCGAGCAAAAUGGGAUGGCCCAGACCAUGAGAAGGAUAUGGAGAUAUGUAUUAGGGCAAGAAACAAUGCAUGGGUGAUUGCUGGGGUUAUGAGAGGGAAAGAACUCUACAUGGUUUUAGAGAGAGCCAACGAGACACUUCUCUAUGCCUCUGAUGCAAUUGAGAAGUUCAGCGACAGGUAUUGCAAUGGAGCUUUUUCUUUGGAUUAGAAAGAUAUUAGUAAAGCUUCCAAGUUCGGACACUUAGACUGGGUAGGGAUGCAUGCUUCUAUAGACAUUGGAUACUCAGUUCAUUCUCUGCCCUUGAGUGAGUCGAUGAUAUCAGCCCUUCCCCUGCAUCUGUAUAAUUCUGUAGCAAGCCCCAAGCAGGCAAUGCAUCCAAUUUCAGUGUUACAUAUAAUUAAGUGAUCGUUGAAAGGGAGACAGUUAUAGUCAGCUCCUUGUGCGCGCAUUCGCAAGUCAAGUAAACUGUGAACCUUGAAAAGUCACUCUAUUUGGUUAUGCCAUUGAGAAUGGGUUGGUGUAGACAAUGACAUGUCUCUUUUUGUGGCUUAUGCUUGCUUUUCUUUCUUGUUUCUUUUUUUUUUUUCCCUUCAAUUUGUAAUGUUGUAUCAGAAAAGAUGAAAAUCAUCAAAGUAUUUUGUAAUUAAAAAAAUUGUGUAUUACGCGUGUA